CGGGUUUUGCGUUCGCGUUUGAAGCAUCGCUUCCGGCCAAGUCCUCCUUUCUCUUCCGGCGUCGGCGCUAGCUGGUGACAAAAUGGUUCAGCGUUUGACAUACCGUCGUAGGCUGUCCUACAACACAGCGUCUAACAAGACAAGGCUGUCCCGAACACCAGGUAACAGGAUUGUUUACCUUUACACCAAGAAAGUAGGGAAAGCACCAAAGUCUGCGUGUGGUGUGUGCCCAGGAAGACUUCGUGGUGUUCGGGCUGUCCGUCCCAAAGUUCUUAUGAGGCUGUCUAAAACAAAGAAGCAUGUUAGCAGAGCCUAUGGAGGGUCCAUGUGCGCUAAGUGCGUUCGUGACAGAAUCAAACGAGCAUUCCUGAUUGAGGAACAGAAAAUUGUUGUCAAAGUGCUGAAGGCCCAAGCACAAAGUCAGAAAUCAAAGUGAACAUUUGUAUUGUCUGCCUAAUAAUAAAUGAAAAAAUAACUUU